CCCCCCUCGUUCUUCCAAGCUGCUCGCACCACAGCCUUUCAGUCCCUGAUCGCCGCCGGUGCGUCCCGGAACCCUGACCUUCGCACCCCUGGCACCCACUGGCUCCAUUCUCCUUCCAUCCCGCCGAACUCCGACUCUCGAGCCGCCGUUGCCUCUGGGACAUGGUCCUCUGCGUACAGGGGUAAGCUCAGUUCUUUCCCUACCCAGACUCCAUGCGGGAAGCACGGAAGAUCACAGGCCUCGAGUUAGCUGCGGGAUUUGGGAGGGCUUGACCGGCUGAAGAUGAUGAAGUGCUAAAGAACUUAGAGUGGUGCACCUAGGAUACCCACACACACACUUAGUAUGGAUAGGAAAACGGAGCCGGCGAGCAGUGGGAGGAGCCCCCAUUUCUGAGUUCUCAGUUAGCGCCAACUGUAAGAGGUUCUCCAGGAUGGGACUCACAAGUCUAGACCUCUGUUUGAGCUCAUAGUUUACCUAGCUUUCCGGCUCCGUACCUAUCGGUGACCUUGAGCCAGCCCUUAGACCUCUCUGUGUUCAGAAGUUCAUUCCUCCGUCUCAGGCCAGCGAUUAGGUUCUUGGGAAGCCAGCCUGAGGUCUUUGACUCUCCCCAGGCUGGCACCUAAUAAACAGUACCCCUUAGGAGCGCCCCACAACCUUCUCUUAGCUCAGAUUGACGUCUCAGUGUGAUAAAGACUUCAACCUGUCUUCUCCAAGGUUUCCCUGAGGCAUGGAAUAUAGGACCAUGGUGAGAGUGGGGCUUUGAUAAAACAAAGUCUUGGCACACCUGUUUACCCUAGGUUUCAGCGUCCCCUUCAAACACUGAUCAGUCAGGAAUUCAGGAAAGCCCAAGAAAAGAGGAAAUGUGUGUGUGUGUGUGUGUGUGUGUGUAUGUGUGUGUUGUGUUACAAAUCUAGGGAGGUUGUGAUCCAGUAGCAAUUGUUAUAACUGACAUGGGAAUGAUGCCAAGUGAGGAAGAGUGGAAGGUGGGGCCAGGCUGAAGUGCCCUUGCUCUAAGCAGCCCUGAGUCCCAGGAAGAGAAUGUGCGUGGAGCUGCGGGGAAGACUAUUCCCUAGUAGUUCCUACCAUGUUACUUUAUUCUCUGAAUUCUCGGGCUCUUCAGCAGACCCACACAUCCUACCUUCCUUCUUGGGUGCCCCCACUUCUCCAUUCUGGAUCUCCAGAGCCUCUUUGACUUUUCCUUAACUGAAGGCCCCUGGGAACCUCAGGACCAGUGUUGGGGUGUUAGGGAACCAAGUUCUUUAACAGACAUAUGUAUCCCAUCCUCCCUGGGCUCGGUUCAUCUCAUUGGCAUGUGUCCUCAGGCGGGACUUCAUGGCUAGACUCCAAAACAUGCACACACAGGUUCUUGGAACACACCAGUCCUCACCCCCACCAUGAUGACACAGAGGUAGACACACCCCUCCCUAGAUCUUGUCCUUUGCUGGCUGUGGAGCAAAUUGGGCGGCGGCCUCUGUGGGCCCAGUCCCUGGAGCUGCCCGGGCCAGCCAUGCAGCCCUUACCCACUGGGGCAUUCCCAGCGGAGGUGACAGAGGAGGCCCCUGUCCAGUCAGAGAAUGAACCGAAGGUGCUAGACCCUGAGGGGGAUCUGCUGUGCAUAGCCAAGACAUUCUCCUACCUUCGGGAAUCUGGGUGGUACUGGGGUUCCAUUACAGCCAGCGAGGCCCGGCAGCACCUACAGAAGAUGCCGGAGGGCACAUUCCUAGUGCGAGACAGCACUCACCCCAGCUACCUGUUCACACUGUCAGUUAAAACCACUCGUGGCCCCACCAACGUACGCAUCGAGUAUGCCGAUUCUAGCUUCCGGCUGGACUCAAACUGCUUGUCGAGACCACGGAUCCUAGCCUUCCCAGAUGUGGUCAGUCUUGUGCAGCACUAUGUGGCCUCCUGUGCGGCUGACACCCGGAGUGACAGCCCAGAUCCUGCUCCCACCCCAUCCCUGCCUAUGCCUAAGCAAGAUGCACCUGGUGACUCAGUGCUGCCUAUCCCUGUGGCUACUGCUGUGCACCUGAAAUUGGUACAGCCCUUUGUGCACAGGAGCAGUGCCCGAAGCUUACAACAUCUGUGUCGGCUAGUCAUCAACCGUCUGGUGGCCGACGUGGACUGUCUACCACUGCCCCGGCGCAUGGCCGACUACCUCCGACAGUACCCCUUCCAACUCUGACUGGGCCAGGCACCCUACCCUGCCUCACACAGUUACAUACUGAAGGGGACACGGGCCCCAGCUGGACUUGGGGUCCUGCUGUUCCUUCUUCAGUCAUCCUGGUGCCUGCAUGCAUGUGACAGCUGGACCAGAAAGUGCCAGCAAGAACAAGGAAGGUGGAGGAGGGGUUGUCACACAACUGAGGUCCAUGCCUUCAGGUCCCACAUGGUUCUUUGCAGUAAGCCACGUAUCAGAGCAGAUAGAGACAGGCAGGACCUUGUCUCUCUCUAGGGGCUGGACCUAAGCCUCCAUUCACUUGCCUGCUCUAGCCUCUUGAACUUGUCUAUUCUCCCAGCCCUGGUUUCUCAAUGUGCUGAGUAGGGCAGGCCCCCUACCCAUCUAUAGAGUAGCAAGCCUGUUUCUGGGAGAAUAUCAGCCAGAGGUUGAUCAUGCCAAGGCCCCUUAGGGGGAAGCAGGCUGGGCUAGGGGACUACACAGUUAUACAGUAUUUAUUUAUUUAUUCUCCUUGCAGGGGUUGGGGUUGGGGUGAUGGCAUGAGCCAUUCCGAUUCUCUGCCCUAAGCCCUGGGUGGUCCAAAGACCCCCAGCUCUGGUUCUUCCCUGUGGAGACCCCCAUCCUGAGACAUUUUUGGGCCCAAAGUAGUUCUGAAUGUGCUGGGCCUGUCCACCUGCAUAUGGAUGUGCCCACCCUUUUCUGCCGAGCCUCUUUUGGGAGGCUGAGUGACCAGACAGACAGGAGCCAGAAACACAAGGGCUCCCAGUCAUCUCCUCACAGGGCAGCGCCAUGGCUGCAUAGAGCUGGCUUCUCUAUGGUGCAGGCCCCUGCCAAAGGGCAUGUGCUGGGUCAGGAAGGAGGUGCUAGUCCAAGGGCCGCAGCUGCAGCUCUUUGUGUCUGCUUCCUGCCCAGGAGGUUGCCUGCACGUGAGAGAGGGAUAAAUACAUACAUACCUUACGAGACUUUAUAAAACAAGUAUUAUAACACAAGAACCAGUUUGGGAGUUUUUCUUCCAUUGAUUUUUUUUUCUAUAAUGAUAAUAAAAUUAUGCCUUCCACUUAUGGAGCCUUCAA